CUCCCCGUCCAUUCCAGACUAAAAACUUCUAAACUCUGCCCACCACCACCAGCGCCUGAGAGAGCCUGCCUCCACUCUUGGUUUGGUUGGCCCCCUGGCUGGCGGCACCACACUAGCCUAGUGAGUAGUGCAGCAGCGGCAGUCUUGCUUGCUCGGUUGCUCCUACUACCUGUCCUGCACACUGCACAGGAGCAGCAGAGCCUAGCUAGGACCGUCGUCGUCGGCGAAAGGGGAGCGGGCGGCCAUGAAGUACGUGCUGGUGACCGGAGGGGUGGUGAGCGGCCUCGGCAAGGGCGUGACGGCCAGCAGCAUCGGCGUCGUGCUCAAGGCCUGCGGCCUCCGCGUCACCACCAUCAAGAUUGAUCCAUACCUCAACACUGAUGCUGGAACCAUGUCUCCAUUCGAGCAUGGGGAGGUGUUUGUUUUGGACGAUGGUGGAGAGGUGGACUUGGACCUUGGAAACUACGAGCGUUUUCUGGAUAUCAAAUUGACCCGUGACAACAAUAUAACCACAGGAAAGAUCUAUCAGGCUGUCAUUAACAAAGAAAGGAGAGGUGACUACCUAGGAAAAACCGUCCAGGUUGUGCCACAUAUUACAGAUGAAAUACAAGAUUGGAUUGAACGUGUUGCAAUGGUUCCAGUCGACGGCAAAGAAGGACCUCCUGAUGUUUGUGUCAUUGAACUUGGGGGCACUAUAGGGGACAAAAUCUUUUCGCCGCAUAACGACAGUGGCAUUCUUGAUGCAGGGGAUAUUGAGUCCAUGCCUUUCAUUGAAGCAUUAGGUCAAUUUUCAUACCGUGUUGGACCUGGAAACUUCUGUCUCGUUCAUGUCAGUCUUGUUCCAGUUCUAAAUGUAGUCGGUGAACAGAAAACUAAGCCUACACAGCAUAGUGUUCGAGGGCUUAGAGGACUUGGGCUGGCACCGGAUAUUUUAGCAUGUCGCAGUACCGAGCCAUUGGAGGAACAUGUGAAGGUCAAGCUUUCACAAUUUUGUCAUGUUCCGAUCUCAAAUAUAGUGAACCUCCAUGACGUGACAAACAUUUGGCACAUCCCCUUGUUGCUAAGGGACCAGAAGGCCCAUGAAGCUAUUCUGAAAGUUUUAGAGCUUCAGUAUGAUGGAAAAGUACCUCGGGAACCUGAGUUAGCGAAGUGGACUAAAAGAGCCACUAAGUUCGACAAAUUGAAGACUCCGGUCAAGAUUGCCAUGGUUGGAAAAUACACUGGCCUGUCGGAUUCCUACCUGUCUGUCAUAAAGGCUCUUUUGCAUGCAUCAGUUGCUAUGGAAAGAAAACUUGUAGUCGAGUGGGUUCCUUCCUGCGAUCUUGAAGAUUCUUCAGCUAAAGAGACCCCUGAAGCCCAUAAAAAAGCAUGGAAAUUGCUGAAGGGUGCAGAUGGUGUACUCGUUCCUGGAGGAUUUGGAGAUAGGGGAGUCCAGGGCAAAAUUCUUGCCGCAAAAUAUGCACGUGAAAACAAUGUUCCUUAUCUCGGCAUUUGCUUGGGAAUGCAAAUUGCAGUGAUUGAGUUUGCCCGUUCGGUUAUGAAACUACGAGGUGCCAAUAGCACGGAAUUCGAUCCAGCUACAACAUCACCCUGUGUCAUUUUCAUGCCAGAGGGCUCAAAAACCCAAAUGGGAGCGACAAUGAGGCUUGGAUCGAGGAGAACCUAUUUCCAUGUCAAUGGAUGCAAAUCUGCAAAGCUGUAUGGCAAUGCCAGCUCUGUAGAUGAAAGACACCGCCACAGAUACGAGGUGAACCCUGAUAUGGUCCCGGACUUUGAGAGGGCCGGGCUUCAAUUUGUGGGCAAAGAUGAAAGUGGAAAACGCAUGGGGAUAAUUGAGCUUCCCUCUCACAAGUUCUUCAUCGGUGCACAAUUCCAUCCUGAAUUCAAGUCGAGACCAGGAAAGCCAUCUCCGCUUUUCUUAGGGCUGAUAGCCGCGGCAUCUGGACAGCUAGAACCUUUGCUUCAACGCAGCAAUCUGACAACAAAAGCAUGUCCUAUCAGUAAAAUCCCGAAACUGAAAUUAUACCCAACUGGACCUGUGAAUCCAUUGAACAGCUUGUUUGUACUCUGAUCAACUGAGAAGGCUAAGAUUCAGCAAGCCCUAGCUCCAGCGACACAUGGUUCCGACAUUUUAACGAGGAACGUCCUCCAGUCCGUUGCAGCAAACUAGCUAUAGGGUGGUGAGGUCUAGUGUGAUGUUGCUUUUUUGUUUUGAGGCCUGGAAUUAAAGGCGGGAAGUGUUUUGGUAGCGUUAGUAGAGCCUGGAAUCUCAACUAUUUGUACAUUAUGGAAGAACUUAUCUAAGGACUGAAUAUACAAAUGCUUGGCCAU